GAAACAUUGUUUUGAGGCGGGGCUUGAGCUGACGCUUUAUAUAUUCAUGCCUUUGCUCACUGUAACCAGAGGCACAUUAUCUUACAAGACUUAUUGAAGAUAACAUUCAGCGAAAGCCAUAUUCAGCGAAGCAUUUAAACAUCCAGACAGGUGAUGGAGCUGAUGAUAAGACUGCUGGGCGGAGAGGUGAAGCGUCUGGAAGUGAGCGGUGAAGCCACAGUUGGCGAACUGAAGAAACUCAUCUCUCAGAUCUUCGGAGAGCCUUCUUACAAACAGAAGCUGUCUGCCGAUAACGGUUCGCGUAUCAGCCUUGAGGAUGAGUCUCGAACCCUCAGCAGUUACGGUCUGCACUCUGGAUCAGUGGUCAGUCUGCUCAUCACCAACCCCGGACCUUUCCAAGUGUUCGUCAGGAAUGAGAAGGGCCAGACCGGGACGUAUGAAGUGGAUAUCAAUGAGACUGUAGAUCAGCUCCAGGCUAAGAUCUACCGCAAAGAGAGAGUCCCCGUGGACCAGCAGAGACUGAUUUUCAACGGAAGACAGCUGGAGUCCGGCAGAAAGUUGCAGGAAUACGACAUCAGCUCAGGAAGCAGCAUUCACAUGACUCUCCGUCUGCGAGGAGGAUGAUCGGGUGAAUGUGUGCAAAAAGGACUAAAAAGUGUUUUCUUUAGAUUUGUUAAUGAUGUAGCUAAAUACGAUAGGCCUGUUAUGCUCGCUAUUAAAAUUUUAUUUUUUUGCUUCAUAAUGUCUUAAGAACUCAUGCAAUUCCAUUGUUGGCUAUUUAUCUGCAGAUGUCUUCAGGGGAACACAUUCAGGUGUCCUUGUUACAUGUACUGACUAUUAUAAUAACAGUAAAUUCUGCAUACUGUAAUUACAUGCAAGUAACCCCAAGUCAACCCUAAUCCUAACCUUAACCAUAUAGUAAAGUACCUUGGUACAUGUAGUUAAUCAAUAUUACUCAGUACAUAAAUGUAUAAUUACAAUGUAAAAAGGAUUCCUUUAAAUGGCCCAACCCUCUUCAGAACUCAUGAGGAUAAUUCCAUUGUAUAUAACUGUAUCUUUGAUCAUGAUGAAUGAUCUUUCACUGUGACUAUAAUAAUAAAAACUCAAAUCAUUUGAAGAAA